ACGGGCUUUGGCGAUGUCCGUAUCCGUGUUUCGUGGCCUGCGUGUAACAUUUUGUACUACUUAUUAGAUCGUGUAAAUUUGCGUGAUUUUAGUGUUACUUCCAUUUUCUUACUCAAAAUCUCAGCUCGUCUGGUCUGAUAUCGGAUACUUCCCUCGUUAAAUGUUCAUUUCUCCGGUUUCGGGCUGUGUAUUUCACCCUCGCAACAGAAUACGCCACUACCCCUGUUGCUCCAGAGUCCGUUUGUAAAUGAAAGGAAUUCUGCGUUUUCGAGUAAUUUGAUCCACCCUCGAUUGAUUUUACCUCCUGUUUACAUACUGCGGUAGUUAUUGUGAAUUUCAUUACAUUAGCCCCUGUAAGUGUUUUGGAGGUACGCUCCGACACACUCACACAGUGAAGUGCUUCAGCCUUUUGACUUUCAGUGGAUUACGCGCCUCGGCCAUUAUCAAAUUACAGUCAGCUGAAAAUCAGGCUCAUGAGCGGAGCAGUGAGAUUAUUGACGUGCUAAGAUGGACCACCCCAACCCACUCCUUCUUCUAAGGCUGAUGCGAUGAUGGAGGAGAAGUGCGGGUUGGGGGGAGUCGGCGGGGGAGUGGCGGUGGGCCGGAUGAUGGGCGGCACGAAGGUCUCGCAGAUCGCGAAGACGUUCCAGUCGCCGCCGGGGCCCGGGCCGCGGGACGGGGCCGCCGGGACGCCGGCCACGACCCCGGGCGCCAACGGCGACGUCCGCGCCAAGCGGGAGCAGUCGGCCUCGCCCAGGGACGAGCGGGAGCGCCCCGACCCCAGGGACCCCAAGUCCCUCGCCGAGUCCCCCGUCAUCGUCACCGUCGUCCGCACCGAGAGCCACGUCGCCCGCUUCAACAACGCCCGCGCUCUCUUCGAGAAGCUCGGGGAAGAAAAUAGGUCCAAGGGUGUCGACCGAAGUUCGAGAGUCUCAAAGCAAGAUGUGCGCUCCCGAUCAAGCUCCACAAACUCUUCAUUGGGAGAUGAUCCGCCCUCGCGGACAUCCCAUAAAACAGCCUCAUGUUCCUCUAUUCCCUCCAUGAUUAAUUCUCGAUCUCCAUCACCUUCUCUCAGUGCCAAUUCACCAACAGCUAAUCAUAAUGGUGUAUCAAAUGGUCAUGGAGUUCACCUCAAUGGGAACUGCAAUGCAGCGGAACUCAGGCACCCAGCUGAAGAGCCAGUCACGCCUCCUACAACUAACACCCAGAAGUUCUCCAACCGUGCUUCACCUUUUAUGAAUGGUUCAGCUGAAAAGCAGUCAAGACCAGACAAACCGGAGCGAAAGCUGAAUAGCAGAGAACUCAUAGAGAAGCAGAGGAAUUGGACCUCACAUUUUUCCAAGUCUAGAAGCAGCACAUCAAGGUCCAACAGUGAUCCAAGUAAAUUCGACCUGAAAACAACGCCGCUGCGAACGCCUGUCGAUAACUCGGCUGCUGCCGUCAGGAGUUCAUCCUUUACCUCUCCACGUUUACGCUCCCCUCCACCAUCCUCGCCUCCUCCCCCACCGCCAAGUAGCCGUUCGCCAGUUAAACUGUCUCGCACAACAGAGUCAACCAAAGCCACGCUGCCCACGCCAAAGUCCCAUGAUAAAGAAACAUUAGAGGAUAAGGAGGCUCAUUCACCUUCGAAGUGCAAGAAUGAAAGUGCAAGCUCCCCUGUAAUCAAUGAAGAAGCUCCAGCCAGGCAUAUAAGUGUCGAUGAUGAGAGGCAGCCGGAAGAAGACUCAUCUAAAUCUCCUGCUGAUUACACUCAAACUUUGAGGAGGUCCAAAAAAAUGGUGUCCUCUGUUAGAGUAACCUUGGGUUCCCCGCAGACCCCUGCACUAGUCAGUUCUUCCCCAACCCAAGGACACAAUGCACCUGUGGCAAGUCCCAUUGAGAAAGCCCAAACAAAGAGCAGCAUGAAUGAUAGUAGCAAAGUUGAAUCCUCCAAUUCAGUAUUAGAUAGCACAGCAGACAGCCUUUUGUUAAGCAGUGAUAAUGAUAAUAGUGUACAGACCUCUAAUUUAAAUAGCUCGGAAUCAAAAAUUAAUGCAAUAAAUAUAGCCUCUAGUUUAGAUAGGUGUUCGUCAAACGACAAAAUUUAUCCCACAGAGUCUUCUUCGCAUUCUGUCUCUGAACAAACAGACCGAAAUUCACAGCUUGCAGACCCUAUGAAUUUCUGCUCUGAGUCCGUUAGCCCUAUAUCACGGACCACAAAUCACCAUCCUCAGACAGUGAACCCUUCAUCUCAAUUAGCAGAAGCGGUUUCUCAGUCAGAUGACAAUGUGCCAAAGUCCCCAGAUCAAUUAUCACAGUCAACGGAUAAUGUCCCGCAGGCAGAGUCCAACAGCCCGAGCAAGCCGAAUGUGCAUUUCAAUAUUGGGUCUGACCUGAAUGGUGACCUCUUAAGAUCAACUACAACUAUGUGCAGUAGUUCGAUAAGUGAAGAGGACUCAGGAUUCGUUAGCUCAGAGGCGAAUCUUGGAACAUCCUUCACUUUUGAUCCAGAUGUGAAAGAGGUAGAUGGCGGGCUCCAGAUCAAUGACUUGAGCAUACAGUAUCUGGACGAUGAUGUUGAGUCUUCAUCUUCAGAUAAUCCGCAGCGGAGAUAUGAACAUGAUGAUAUUGUUGAAGGUUUGGCAGAAGAUGGUGAAGUUGAAGAAGAAGUUUCCAAACCUAAUCAUUUGAGCAAUCCCGAAACAACGGAGCCAAACAUAGUUUGCAAAAGUAUCUCAAAUGUAGAGGAAGUUCCGUCUACACCAAACUCCCAUUCUCCUGCGUUAGACGUCAGUCAGCAAACUCCAGAUCGACCAGCACCCUUAGACACAAGUUUGAUGACCCCUGAUGAAGCAGAUAACCUUCUAAGUACAAGAAUUCUAUCAAAAAGGGGUGUGUUGGAAAGACUGCUGUCAGAUGAAGAAGCACAGGAAGUAGUCCGACUUCUCUCUCCAACACCAGACAUAUCAAGUACCUUGCCAGAAAAGACACCACAUGACUCAAUUACUGAGGAUUCCAAAUGUACAUUCAUAGACUCAACAUCAAACAUAGAAGACUCAGCGGUUUCAAGUCACGUAGAAUCUGAGUAUGGGUCAGAAACAAAUCUGCAGGACCUAAAUUCAAGUAGAAUAAGCUCUGUGAAUAGCUUAGACGAUUUGGAUCUCACGCGCUCAUCACACUUGGAACAAAAUGAGCCCCCGCCGGUAGCUGAGCCAGAAGCAGAACCUGAUCUCUAUGAAGGGUUCGUCCCUGAAGCGUGCAAAGAAGUUUUUGAAGAAGAUGGCGUGCAUUAUUAUGAAGAUGGACAUUUUUGGAUGGAGGUUCCUGGUUUACCCAGCCAAUCUGUCUAUGAAGAGGGCGAUCCAACACCAAGUAAACCUAGUUCCAAAGUAUCCUUCAGCACCGGGCCAAUUAAGGUUUAUAGCACAUUUUCCAUGUCUGAAUACGAUCGACGAAACGAGGAUGUGGAUCCUGUAGCAGCCUCAGCUGAAUAUGAGCUUGAAAAGCGAGUGGAGAAGCUGGAGCUCAUGAGCGUGGAAUUGGAAAAGGGAGCAUCUGGUCUCGGUUUGAUCAUCAUUGGAAUGGGUGUUGGUGCGGAUGCUGGACUCGAGAAAUUGGGUAUCUUCGUAAAGAUGCUUACUGAGCAGGGUGCAGCCGCAAAAGACGGUAGGAUCCAGGUCAGUGACCAGAUCAUUGAGGUGGAUGGAAAAUCCUUAGUAGGGGUAACGCAGGCAUAUGCAGCAUCAGUUCUGCGAAAUACAUCUGGCAAAGUGCGAUUCAUCAUCGGCCGUGAAAAGGACCCGGAAAACAGUGAAGUUGCGCAGCUAAUCCGGCAGUCGUUGCAAGCAGAUCGAGAGCGCGAGGAGCAUAAACAGCGGAUGGAGCGCAGCCGCAAUGCUCAAUACAAUGGUGACCUCUCCGGUGGUUUCAUGAAUGAAGCACACAAGCAGGCAACGAUCGGGAACAACGCUCAGCAGUUACAAGAACUCCUCCAAGAUAGUCAAUUAAGAGCCUCACUAGCAGAAAAAGAGGUGGCCAAGAUGAAAGUAAGGCUUGAAGAAUUGGAAGGAAGUAAUGCUAAUAAAGAGGAGUUCGCUGAAAAACUGCGAUUGUCAAGUCUUAAAUUGUGCGAGGUUGAAAGAAAUCUCUACGCAGCCAAAAGAGAUGUUGUAUCCUAUCAAGGGAUGCUAGAACAAUCUCAGGCGCAAUGUCAAGCAAUAGAAAAGAAGUAUACCAAAGCAAAACGCUUGCUGCGAGAAUUCCAGCAGCGUGAAACAGAUUUAAUUCAUCGUGAGGAAUUCUAUCUGCAGUUAUUACAAGAAAAGGACACAGAAUACAAUGCAUUAGUGAAAGCACUUAAGGAUAGAGUUAUUCAAGUUGAACAGGAGCUUCUUGAAACGCAAAGGAAAACAGGACUUCCGGUUCGACUUCCAUAUGACAAUAAUAAUCUUCGCCUUUCAAUUCCUCAAGUCACCACUAGACCUCCGGUUGCACCUAUCAAACCAUUACUGGAGCAGUUAGGAGCGGAGUUAUCUGAGACCGAGGAAGGACCUGAAGAAGAAAAAACUGCUACCGUCGAAAGAAAAGUACCAAUCAAAGAAGAACUGGACCGAGCUGUGCCUCAGCACGAACUACUGGACACAACGGCCCACAAAAACAAAGCUGAGCUAGCAAAUCGUGGUGGUCUGGCGAAUAGACAGCUCCCAACCAAUGCCAAGAAGAAUAGCAGUUUGAGUAACAGUAGUUCGGAUUGCGCUCUUGAUAAGAGUCAAAGUUACUCGGAUGAAAACUUGGAUGGGAGCAUAAAGCGAAGUGCGUUUUCUGAUUAUUCGGAGAGCAGCAUUGUAAAAUCUCCCUCCUCUUCAUCCAUCCAGCAGUAUUCGGCGAUAACACGCAAUUCGUACCAAACGGCAGCUUAUCUGCAGCAGCACCAGUCUAGUCCUGAUCCGUGGGUGCCGCGGACCAAUGAACGAAGAAUCGGUCCACCCACUUCACUUGCUGAGCAGCUGAAGCAGGUUUUGGCAGAGAGAGAACGCAGACUAUCAAACUCAUUAGAUCACAGCCCGGACUAUUCAGACUACAAUGCCAGUACAAUUUCAUCUACAUUAGCAGAAGACAUCCGACAGGCUGUCAAUGAAGCAAAUGCUCGCAUUGGUAAAUCGGCACCUUUGCCUGUUCCACAUCAGCUGCACUGGCAGCAUGUCCAAAGCUCACCAUCAUCUGUCUCUUCCUCUGGGAGUGUUUCGACUGAUAUGAGCCCAAGCAGGCCGCCCUCGGAGUCUUCGACUGAGUGGCUUGAUCAAUGUGGCAAGAAAUCACACUUGUGGCAGUUGCAACCCAUCCCUGAGUGGACCAAAGACCAGGUUUGUCAGUGGUUGAUGGCUGUGAAUAUGGACCAGUAUAUCCCAAAAUUCCGAGAACAACAACUGAACGGAAUGUCAUUGCUAACUCUAGAAUCCAAAGACUUCAAAAAUUUAGGUAUUGUAGGUGAUGAUAAGACUAAACUGAAGCGGAAGCUGAAAGAACUCAGAGUGCAAGUUGAGAAGGAGAAACGUCACUUUGAAAAGGAGAAAAAAGAAAAGGAAAGACAGCAGAAGAAAGCAGAAAAGCUUGCAGAAAAAGCUAGCAAACGAAAAUAAAUCUUCAUUGGACCUGAAGAUGGUUUGGUUAUCAAUAAAGGGUUUGAAUACAGAUUCUAAUCCUCCUUUGAUUUUUUUUGCUCAAGAAGUGAGCAAAAAAAUGAAGCAAUGUGAGCAACGAAUUAAAGUAUUAUUUUUCAAUCUGAAGUCUGAUCAUUUUGUAGUUUUUGCUCAAAACUACCUCUUGCAUUCAUAAAUUACGUCUAGAUUGUUUGGAAAAUACGAAGGAAAAAGCUCAUUUCAUACUUGUCUGCAGGCGGUACACAACUUGGGCCGGAAAAAGUGCCUUUCAUGCAGGAAACCUAUUAAGACUUUCAUCGAAUCACUUCGGUCUUUCCAGGUCAUCUUUUUCUCUCCUAUUAUCGUCAUCAGUGUAAAAAAAAAAAAAACAGAAACGAAGAAGCUGGCUCCGAUGCUCAACAGAACUGUGAUAAGAAAGUAGCUGUCAAUAGAUGAAAAGACAUAAAUUGUAUUUUGUACAGUGUUUUGUGGUUGAUAACGAGGAGGCAAUCGUUAACUUUCCAAGUACUUUGCUGGGGAGUGCUGUCUUCACCUGUUUACCGCUCACAUGCUUUCGCCUGUAAAGUUGAGCUUAAAAAUCACUGGCAAAUAAUUAUUAAAGGGCAAUGAAAUGUCUCCUUUUCAGAAUUUUGCUCGUAAAUUAAUGUACUUGCACUUAAUUUUUUAAUUGGAUGCUUCAUCCAAAGUGUAAAAUGCAUUUGCGUACUGUAUGCCAUCUUAGCCUAAGAUAUGCGGUAUAUAAAUAGUGGUAUAAGUCAAAUAUAUCUAAAGGAACGAAAAAUCCUUUUAUUUAUACCAUGAAAAUUCAGCCUGUUCUCACAUUUUUAAAUGAAGUUUUAUUAAUUUGCAACUCUAUAGGGUCAAUUGAAAUAUACCAUCCAAUGGUAUCAAUCCAUUCAGAUUUUGUGGAGCAAAAAAUUUAUUCUCUGCUUUUUGGCAGAAUGCUACAUUUUAUAGCCACGAUGAUACAUAAGGAAGUAGUUUCAGCCAAAACAUUUUAGUCAUGGUCAUUGAUUUGUGAUCAUUUGUGUCAACUUCAACCAAUAGUCUUCUUUUAAAUGUUUGACUUAACUUACUUACACUCAUCUGUUCAGUUAAACACUUUUUGCAUCUAUUUAUUCUAUUUGUAAAAUUCUUUAUCUUGGAUAUCAUUGUGUUUAAUUGCAAUAUUUGAUUAUUUUAACCUCCUGUGCCGCACAAUUUUGUAUUACUGUACUCUCAACUCAUUUUUGUUCUCCUUUAAACCUAACGAAAAGCUCAAAAUGCAAGGGGUAAAUCCUGAAAUUACGGCUUAUUAAACACACCAACAAAUUUCUUUUAUAUUUUUGGAUUAGGGUUCCUUCAUUUGAUGAUGGUAGAAAUUUGUAAAUAUCUUUUCUGAAUUUUUUUCUACCAUAGCUUUUUUAAGUUUACCGGCCUAAUCUGAAAUUUGCUUUAUUCGGAGUUUUCAAGUAUUCCCCCCCCCCUUUUUUUAUGCAAACCCCAAUGGAACGCCUCUUCAACGGGGUCAUCCUAAAAGAAAAUUGAAAACUAGAUUAAUCCAAGUUGAAAUUAAUGAAGGCUCCAAAGACCUUUAACCAAAUGACUGACAGUAAAUUUUCUACUCAACAAUUAUGAACCAAGAAAAUGAAUUUAAAUAAUUUGUUAUAUUACACAUUUUUAGUAAUAUUUUAUUUGUAUGAAAGAAAAAAAUAAUCAAUGUCUCUUGAAACUUUUUGUGUUUUUUGUAUGCUCCAUCUGAAGGAUUCUUAAAAUAUUUCACACAGAAACUUUUUUUUUUAAAUUUAAAUGUAUGAUUUUAAGUCCAUACAAUUAAAACUUCUCUCAUUCUACUUGCACUGUUAUUCAAUUUUGGUUGUGCUGAAAUCAACACAGAUCUUAUGCUUUAAGUGCCAUACCCUAAACAAGAAACAAUGCUGAAAGCAAUAUUGCGACUCAGGUGAAAUGGACUAACUACAUAUUUUCAAAUUCCGAAUCUGAUCGCAAUGAAAGUAUCGGUAGAGAAACAUGGUGAAAAAAAGUGAUUUCAUGGCAUACAAUUUUUUCAUUAUAUGAGUGAAUGAAACAUAUUUUUUUUCUCCUUGUCACUGCUGUCAUUAAUAAUUUAUUCCUCUUAAACUGAAUUUUUGAGAUAAGUAUUUAUGAGUUGCACAGCUCUACUAUUUAAGAAGAGUCAAGCAAAAUCGUCAUGUUUACGUUGCAAUGUAACUGAAUCUCAUAUCCUAUUUUAAUUUUUCAGAAGGAAACCAACCGACAUGCCCGCCAGACAAUUGUUGUGAUUUUUUUCUGGUCCAUAUGAAGGUUAUCCUCCCAAAAAUUUAGCAUAAUUCUUGGUUUGUUUCCUUCCAAAAAAUUAAAUAGGAGAUGAGAUUUUCAAACACAGUAAUGUAGGGGUGACUGUUAUGAUUAGUUCCGUCAAUUUUAUGCACUUGCAUCUGCAAGUAAUGCAAUUUUUUUUGCUGCUCAGUGUUUUUAUGUGCGCUUGGACCUGGGCAGAUAUUCUGAGGAAAAGUGGAUGUAUAUUCUUAUCAAAUGAUCUUUGAAGAAGUGAAGUAAGAGAACGUAUUUAUUGAAUACUAGAGAGACCAUGUAAAUUUUCUUUUAGAAUCAUCGUCAGCUUUGGACAAGGAAGCACUCUUUGUCAGUAUAUACUAGUGUGCUUUCAGGGUGGCAAUUUUGCAGACAAAUGUUUUUAAUUUUUUACUUCUUCAGAAGAAAAAUUGUCGUAGGAUGUUGAGUAAUAUUUGUGAAAGGGGCAAAAGGUGGAAUAGCUGAGUACCUCUCUUGCAUCUGGAUGGGAAUUUUAAUCUUAUUUUAUUUUUUAAAUGUGAACAAAUUUACUUUAUGAACUGAGGUCCUUGAAAAGCUUAUAGUAUGUAGUUAUGUAACUGGAACUAUGUUCCUUCCUAUAAAACCGCAGAUUUCCGCUGUUUGCAUAAAGUAUUAUCCAGCAAAAAUCGUUUUAAUGAUUAUGUUAAGCUUUAAGGAAAGAAUGCACCUUGAGAUAACUCUGCCAGGGGCAAAUUUACAAGUACAUGAAUUUUUUUCCGUUGAUCAAUUUAAUGAUUUCAUUUGUAGCUGCACUGAGCUGUCGUGAAAAUGUUGUAGGAAUAGUUCCAGUUACUCAACUUGACAGUUAGUUAUUUUACAUAUGCGGCUGGUUCUGCAAGAUCACUUCUUACUUUGUAGUUACCAACUACACCCUCUCUCUGCUCAUUUUUGCUUCCAUCAGCACUGUUUUCCUCUUUUUUCUUGUUCUAAGAGCUAUCAUAGAUUUUGCAAGAAAAACAGAACUGAUCAUAUUAUGUUGUUAAUUUUAUUCAAAUUUUUCUUCUUCUUGCCUGAAUCCUCAGUGAACGUGCAAUUAUCGUAAGCUACAUUUAUUGUGAUCAUUUAUUACGCAUUUCCUCUCUUUUCUCUCUUUUGAAAGAUUUUUUAUUAAUCUUUUGUACAGAACUUUUACUACUUCUCUCUAAUCCAAUUUUGUAUUUAAUUUCAUUUAUACUCUCUAGAACUAGGUGAUUUUUAUUUCAUUGUUAUUUUUUUAUUAUUUGUUCAUAGACCUUGUAAAUUAGAACGGAAGAGGGAACGUUUUUAAGUUUUGACCUUCCUCCCCCCCCCCUCUCUUUCCCACCAUUAGAGCAUGUUUAUGUUAUUCAAUGUCACUGAACUUUGAAGAAGUAAAUGGAAAACUAAAAAUUUUUAUACUUGUUUUAUAACAAUAAAUAAUCUUUGAGUGAAAUUUCA